CCGAAAAACAUUUAGUAAUAGUACUAGGUAGCCCAAGUCCAAAUAGAAAACCCCAAUAGCCUGAGAGCCGGAAGUUAGCGUGGAUUCAACCAGAGAACGCAGCUUGCCGCGAGGGAAAUAAAGCAGUCGCCCAUUCCGCAGCGGUCACUAGCACCGCAGCAGUCGACCAAGGCCAACUCCUUUCUCCGUGACCUCCGUCUAGGCAUCUAGGGAUUCCACCGCAGCACGUCAGCACUCCGGGCACUCCAGCACCGCACCUCUCCAGCUCAGCAGUCGCGCCACUCCGUCCACUCGCACGCCAAGUCUCCGCUACAACCUGCAGGCUUUCUCUUCGCUCGGAUUUCAACCAUGGAAAUCGAGAAUGUAACCUCUGAUGUGAUGAUGGACCCACCUCCUGCUAGCAAUCCAGCCAGCCUUCCAGUGAAGCCAAACUUCAAGCCACUUACAGCGCAUGAAAUUUCCGAUGGCCAGGUGCAGUUCCGAAAAAUUCCUGUUCCGUCGCAUAGGUACACACCUUUGAAGAAAGCCUGGAUGGACAUCUACACCCCAAUCUUUGAGCAGAUGAAAGUCGACAUACGUAUGAAUCUCAAGGCCCGUAGGGUGGAGCUAAAGACCCGACCUGACACCCCUGACAUCAGCAACAUCCAGAAGUCUGCCGACUUUGUGCACGCCUUCAUGCUGGGCUUUGACAUCUGUGACGCUGUUGCUCUCCUCCGGGUGGAUGAGCUGUACGUUGAUUCAUUUGAGAUCAAGGAUGUGAAGACCCUCCGAGGGGAGCAUUUGUCCAGGGCGAUUGGAAGGUUAUCUGGUAAAGGAGGAAAGACGAAGUUUGCUAUUGAGAACUCGACGAGAACACGCAUUGUGAUUGCUGAUACUAAGAUUCAUAUACUAGGUUCGUUUACAAAUAUAAAGGUCGCAAGAGAUUCACUUUGCAGUCUGAUUAUGGGGUCUCCUGCUGGGAAGGUGUAUUCCAAGCUUAGAGCAGUCACUGCCCGUUUGGCUGAGAGGUUUUGAUUAAAUUAUGGUAAAUUUAACACAUCAGUAUUUUCUGAAAUUUUGCAAGGGUUCUCUAGGUGACAUUCCUGCUCGUCUUGAUAUUGUAUUCAUUACAAAAGUGUAGCUGAAUUAAGUGCCUUUUAUCAGAUUUGUUUGGCCCCUGCCUGUGCUCAGCUUGUUCUUUCAUGUUGAAACAUGAUUUUCCCAAUUUCUUGUUUAAAAGAGACUUUCUGGGUUUACUUGCAAUGUCAAUGUCUGGUAUUCAAAAAUGGAAAACUGUAUUAAUCCUCC